AGCGAAUUAUUGUUUUUUUUUUUUUCAUUUGUUUAGUUAAAGUCUGUUUAACUUCAUUCAAUCAUCAGUAUUUCAGUAAUUACUAUAUAAUCAGUAUUCACUAUUGUGGAAUGUAGACGUUCUUGUCUAAAGACAUUGUGCAGUGUGUUGUUAGUUGUAUGAGUUAUGACGGUGUCCCGUUGGUAACUGUUGUGUUCCUUAAAAUUCUUUUGUUUUUUAUUAAUUAUUGAACUCUGAAUUAUUCUCAAGAGCAAUAAAAAUUCAUAGAUUACAAUGGGAACAAAUGUGGUUCACUUUGUAGCAGAAUUAAAAAGAAAUAUAAUUUUUAAUAAUAAACUAAAUGGAUUUGAUGAAGAAAAACAAGAGCUUUUACAAAUUAUAAAAAAAACUACAGAAUUUGGAGAGAGUGAUUCUGUUAUUAUUCUAGGACCAAAAGGAUGUGGAAAAUCUGUGUUAGUUCGAUCUGUUUUAAAAACAUUGUUACCAGAGUCUCAUACAGAGAUUCAUUUAGAUGGUCUAAUUCAUACUGAUGAUAAUUUAGCAUUAAAAAGCAUAAUACAACAACUACAGAUAGAUAAUUUAGAUGGAGCUAAUGUUGAAGGAUCUUUUGCUGAUAACAUAAGUUUUUUACUGGACAGUUUCCGAGCAGGAGACAGAUCUGAUUCAAAGUCUAUUAUAAUGGUCUUAGAUCAAUUUCACUUAUUUUGCUCUCACACCAACCAGACUUUGUUGUAUAAUUUAUUUGAUGCUGUUCAAUCACAACAGAAUCCAUUAUGUAUUAUUGGUCUGACAUCACAUAUUGAUGUCACAGAAUUAUUAGAAAAACGUGUGAAGUCACGAUUUUCUCAUAACCUUAUUAUGCUUAAACCUCCGACUGAUUAUACUAAGCUUUUAGAAAGUAUAAAGAAUUUAAAAAUAAACAAAGAAUACAAGUUGAAACAAGAUGUUUGUGAUAAUUGGAAUAAUAAUAUAGAUGCAUUGCUAACUGAUAGCAGAAUCCAAAAUAUGACCAAGGAUUUAUUGAAAUUAAGCAACAGUAUUACGAAACUGAAUACUUUAAUUUUUAUGGCGCUAUCCAAUGUAACUGAAGACAAAGUAUUAACAGUAAAAAAUAUGAUUGAUUGCUAUACCACUUUAUUUAAAAAAGAUAUUAUUCUUACAAAUUUAACAGGGCUCUCGGUACUAGAAUUUUGUUUGAUUAUUUCAAUUUGUCAUCAUUUAGAAAUUUAUGAUAAAGAGCCAUUUAAUUUUGAGAUGAUUUAUGCUCGCUAUUGUAAAUUUGCCUUGCAAAAUUCAACUUUACUUUUAACAAAACGACAAGUUGUAAUGAAAGCUUUUGAAAGAAUAGCUACAAUUCAAUUGAUACUGCCUGUUGCAGUUAUUGAAAAUAAAAAUGUUUUGAAGGAAUAUCGGCUCUAUAAAUGCUUUGUAAGUUUGGAUAAAGUGAGAUUAGCAUCCAAUAACUAUUAUAGACUACCUCCUGUGAUACACCAGUGGAUAGAUAGUAAUAUUAUUUAAAUGUUAAGAUAUUAAUUAAUGUACAAUAUUCUUAUUUUUAUUAUUUUAUUUAUUUAACUGAUAAAAUAGUUUAUUGGUGAUUCAAAAAUAAAAAUAAAUCAAUUUCUUGUUUUGUA